ACGGGCUUGAACUUGUGGGCUUGAUAGGCUUGUAAGCCCAUAUGAAGCGCGGUAACGGUUUCGUAACUGCGGGAGGAAAGGAACACCUAAAACGGGGAGGAAGAAGCAGAGAGAAUCGAAGAGAAGCGUCGACAGCAACCGAAAGAAGGAAGGACGACGGAGAAGAAGAAGAAGCAGCAGCGUUAGUAGGAGGCAUUAAUGGCGGCACCAAUGGCGAUGCACGGAGGCGGUGGUGGGUACCAUCAACCGGCGACCCUAGAAGAAGUUAGAACUCUCUGGAUUGGCGAUUUGCAGUACUGGGUCGAUGAGAACUACCUCAGUUCUUGCUUCGCUCACACCGGCGAGGUGAUUUCGGUGAAAAUCAUCCGUAACAAGUUGACUGGCCAGCCAGAGGGCUACGGGUUUGUGGAGUUCGUUUCUCAUCAGGCAGCUGAAAGGGUACUGCAAUCCUAUAACGGAACGCAAAUGCCAGGGACUGAACUAACUUUCAGGCUGAACUGGGCUUCAUUCGGGAUUGGAGAGAGGCGUCCUGAGGCAGGGCCGGAGCAUUCUAUCUUCGUCGGGGAUUUAGCACCCGACGUUACAGAUUAUCUCUUACAAGAGACUUUUAGGACUCAAUAUACUUCUGUUCGAGGAGCUAAGGUUGUGACUGAUCCAAAUACCGGGCGGUCUAAGGGAUAUGGUUUCGUUAAAUUCGGAGAUGAGAACGAGAGGAACCGUGCUAUGUCGGAAAUGAAUGGCGUUUAUUGCUCGACUAGGCCAAUGCGUAUCAGUGCAGCAACGCCUAAGAAGACCAGUGGUUAUCAACAACAGUAUGCUACCACGAAAGCUGUGUAUCAAGCUCCUACGUAUGCAGCACCUGUCCAGGCAGUUGCAGCAGCACCUGAUACUGACCUCACAAAUACCACAAUUUUUGUUGGUAACUUGGAUCCUGCUGUCACGGAAGAAGAACUGAAGCAAACGUUCUCACAGCUUGGGGAGAUUGUGUAUGUCAAAAUUCCUGUUGGCAGAGGAUGUGGAUUUGUGCAAUUCGCGGCUCGACCUUCUGCAGAAGAAGCCAUACAAAGGAUGCAGGGUCAUAUCAUUGGUCAGCAGUCAGUUCGUAUAUCUUGGGGCAAGAAGCAGGACCUUACCGCUACGUGGGGCCAACAAGCAGAUCAGUGGAGUGCUUAUUAUGGUUAUGGACAAGGCUAUGACGCAUAUGGCUAUGCAGCUACUCAGGAUCCAUCACUAUAUGCAUACGCUGGAUAUGCUGGUUAUGCUCAGUAUCCUCAGCAGGUGGAAGGUGCUCAGGAUAUGACAGGUGCUGUCCCGAUGGUGGAACAGAGGGAAGAAGUGUAUGAUCCCUUGGCAGCUCCUGAUGUCGAUAAGUUAAAUUCAGCUUACCUUUCUGUUCAUGCUAGUGCUAUAUUAGGUCGGCCGUUAUGGAUGAGAACCUCGUCACAAGCUUAGGUACCAUCCCUCAUUCAGUGUAGUUCAGUUGUCAGGACUGGAAAGAAUAGUACUGUAAUUGCUCCAGUUAUCGUUAGCUGUGCUCAUGUUGUAACUCUAUUUAACUGCUGGUAAAGCUAUAUAUCAAAGGUACUUUUGGCAAGAUGGAUGGAUGAAUGUUUGAAAUAGAAAUAGAUCCAAAUAACUCGGUACGUUGUUUUGACAUUUGGACAUGCACACGUUAGUUUGUAACUAGGUUACGACAUUGGGCACAAUAUCGAAGCUUCAGAACCUUUGGCUCUCAAAUAGGAAUUCAUGUAUUUAGCAGUUGCAGACUGGGAAGACUGGCAAAAGUGCAGCCGUUGAAUUCAGGGUUUUUAGGGUUUUGCUUACAAUGGAUAUGCUGGUUAUGCUCAGUACACUCAACAGGUAGGGUUUCUUGACUUAGCUAGCUCAAAUACUCUGCUAUGAUACAAGAAUAACAUUUUUUAAAUCAAAAGGACAGGAUUCAAAGGUUCUCAGAUUCUUCAAUUGAUCUGUUUCUAUUAGGUCGGCCAGAAUUUUAUCAGUCCCUGACACUGGAUAUUUGCUUAGCUCCCAACUGCAAUUUCUAUUUCUGUCCCGUCUUUUUGAACAGAUUCGUCCUCCAAAGGACUCUCUGGCUUCACUUUUAUCUUAACUGGUUUCCCCAGCUUUGAUUUGUCUUCUAGUUUAGCUAUUUCCAUGGCCUUUUCACAGACAGGGAAGCCUUGAUCAUCCCAUGAUUCCGAUAUCACGCCAGAGCCUAUACAUGUUCUUCCAUUGUAGAAGGCUGCAAACUGCCCUGCAGCUAGACCUUGAUCAUCUUCCGACAACUGGACAACUGCAACUUCCUCAUCUUCAUCUUCACUCUGCUCUAUAGUCACAUUGCAAUUGUAGAACCCUGGUCCAUGCCUGACCUUGCACUGAAGCUGCCAUGUUUCCUGAGGAGGUCUAUCACUAAGCCAUUUCAGCGAGCCAACACGAAAUGAUCGCCUGUUCUUGUCGAUGGAGAAGUAGUUUCUUGAGACAAAAACUACAUUGUUAUUAACAUCCUUGUCAACAACAUACCUGGGACCACCAGGAAGUCGAAGACCCUGUCGCUGACCAAUUGUGUAGAACCAAAAUCCUCUAUGCAUACCAAGGAAAUCGCCUGUCUCUGCUUCUAGUAUGAUACCUUCUUUCUCCCCGAUCUGUCUCGCAACAAACUCACUAAAUUUGAUCU